AUGAAAUGACUGAGAAAAUAGAGACAUCAGUGAAAAUCUACAGAAGUUUAUUAUCUUUUUAUUAUUAUCUUUCUUUCAGGGAUCUUUCAAGUACAGAGGUGUCUGUCCACUUGAGUCUGCUCUUGGGCAGGAGUGACGACUUCUUCUACUCUGUGACUUGGAAGGAUGUUUUAUCACAAUAGGAGCAUUUUUCACCCAACCACAUUUUUCCUCAUUGGAAUCCCAGGUCUUGAAGAUGUCCAUGGCUGGAUCUCCCUGCCUUUCUGCUCUGUUUACCUUGUGGCUUUACUGGGAAAUGUCACAAUUCUGCUGGUCAUUAAGACAGAGAAGACUUUCCGGGAGCCCAUGUUCUACUUCCUGGCCAUCCUUUCAACAAUUGAUUUGGCCCUUUCAACAACCUCAGUACCCCGUAUGCUGGGUAUCUUCUGGUUUGAUGCUCAUGAGAUUAAUUUUGGAGCUUGUGUGGCCCAGAUGUUCCUGAUCCAUGCUUUUACUGGCAUGGAAGCUGAAGUCUUACUGGCGAUGGCCUUUGACCGUUAUGUGGCUAUCUGUGCUCCACUCCACUACAUGACCAUUUUGACAUCCCGGGUGCUCAUGGGCAUCAGCAUGUGCAUUGUAAUUCGUCCAGUUCUGCUUACACUUCCCAUGAUCUAUCUCAUCUAUCGCCUACCAUUUUGCCAGGCUUAUAUAAUACCUCAUUCCUACUGUGAACACAUGGGAAUUGCAAAACUGUCCUGUGGAAAUAUCCGAAUUAAUGGCAUCUAUGGACUUUUUGUUGUUUCAUUCUUUGUCCUAAACCUAGUCCUUAUUGGCAUCUCCUAUGUUUAUAUUCUCUGGGCGGUCUUCUGUCUCCCAUCCCAAGAUGCACGACUAAAAGCCCUAAGCACAUGUGGGUCCCAUAUUGGGGUCAUCUGUGUUUUCUAUAUCCCCUCAGUCUUCUCUUUCCUUACCCACCGAUUUGGACACAAAAUACCUCACUAUAUUCAUAUUCUUGUUGCCAACCUCUAUUUGAUUAUCCCACCCUCACUCAACCCCAUCAUUUACGGUAUAAAGACCAAACAGAUAUGGGAGCCUGUGCUCCGUGCCUUUAUUAAAAAAUAAGAUACUUACCACAUUGUUUUAUUAAGGAUUUUGAUCUCUCAAGGAAGAUAUGCAUAUUCUUGCUUUAACAAAUAUCUCCUGGUCCUGAUCUAUUGCUGCCAGAUUGCAACACAAGUUGAUUUAUUCCUAACUGCUGACUAAUGGAUUCUAGGACUUGUGGAAACUUUAUUGGAGCUUCAGUUCAAAGGUUAAUAGGCUAACUUGAAAGGAAGCUGUUGUGGUCUCUAUUUGUAUGUCAUUGUACUUUGUUCUUGAUAGCAUGAAACUACUUCUCUUCUAGGCAAAGAAUGUAUAUAUGGUGUGUUUUUAGCUCUUUAAUUAGAGAAAUGUGGUACUGGGACUUUGACCCAGUAGCCUGUGUCCAUUCACUCACUCAUUCAUAUUUUUUAUUCUCCUAAUUUACAUUCAUUUUAUGUUUAUUGUAUGUAUUGAAUCAUUCUUAUCAUUGUUGUUCAGUCGCCAAGUUGUGUCCGACUCUUUGUGACCCUAUAGACUGCAGCAUGCCAGGCUUCCCUGUCCCUCACUAUCUCCCAGAGUUUUCCCAAGUUCAUGUCCACUGAUUCCAUGAUUCUUAUCACUAAGGAUGAUAAAUGAACCAAAAUAAAA